AUGGAAAUCGUAGUGGAGGGUCGAUCUUCUGACUCUUGUAAAUCGGUGUCAAUUGUGCCCGCUCGCCCGCACCGGAAGUCAGAGUACGGUCGGCAUAACUCUAAAAUCUCGGGGAUCGAGUCGGAGCGUCGAGCAGCCAGACGCGUGAGUGGUGUGUGGGGUCGCGCGAACUGUUUAAUGGACAUGCUUUUCUCUUUUGAAAGGUGGGACGCAGGGCCCGGGAAGAAGACCCCACCUGCCCUAUUUCCACUUACGCCUCUGGAUGUAUCGUACGUCUCUACCAUAUACAUAACCGAUCUUGUUAGCAAACAGGGCGCAGCUGGCCGUCGAAAAGCGGGCGUCGCGUGCGACCGACCAAAACUCCGUACGCUCUGUUUGUUAGAAGAUUGCAAGUAG